AUGAUUUGUUAUGUAUGUAAAUUUAAUACUGAUAGUUGGAAAUCGUUAGUGUAUCAUUUUAAAAUUUUCCAUUUGUUAAAAUCUGAUAGCAAUUAUACAUGCUGUGAAGAAACUUGUACACAGUCUUUUCUUAACUUGGCUACAUUUAAAAGACAUCUUCAUAAAAAGCAUUUAACGCCUCUAUUAGAACCUGAACCAGAACAAUCAUCUUCCAAUAACUCUCCACUAUUACUUCAAUGUACUGAAAGUGCUGAUAUCCAUAAUGUUUUACCUGAAAUUCCUAUUAAUACAAUUCCAAUCAAUCUUGAUCUGUUUAGUGAAGCUAUAUAUAAGUCUGCAAUUGAGUUUAUAGUCGGUUUGCACAACAAUAACAAUUUUACUAGAGUGGAUAUUAUAUCAAUACAAACUGGAAUAGUAGAUUCAAUUAUUGCUCCAGUUGUAUCUAUGUUAAAAGCAGUAAUCGAUGACGAAAUUAAAGAACCUAUUUCACGUGGUAAAUUUCAUAGAGUAACUUCGGUUAUAGAAAAUAUUUUUCAAUAUUGUAAUUCUGAAUAUCGUUUAAUAGAUUGGCUAAAAAAAAAUGAUUUCUUAUGUAAUAUUUAUCAGUUUACUAUAAAUAAAGAAAUUAGCCCUGUUCAAUGUAUUGGUGAAAGUGUAUACGAUGAAAAAAACACUACAGGAGCUCUUUUACCUUUAAAGUUCCAAUUUAAAAAAUAUUUUGAGCAAGGUUCUUUAAUAUUGGACUAUUAUAGACAGAAUAAUAAGCUAAAUGAUGGUAUUAGAUCAACAUUGGUUGACAUACUUAUUGGGCAAGUACUGUCACAGCGCAUACCAAUGUCUGUAAGCUUGGCUGAGUCUAUAGCAGAUCAAAUAGUGGCAAUAUUUAAUUCUGAAAUUAAGGAUACCUAUUUCAUAAAAAUUGGAUGCAAUAAAAACCCAAAAGGCAAAUUGUAUGCCAAGUUUUAUAAUUCAAUGAGAAAUCUGAAAAAUACUGGAUUAGUUCAUACUAAAACUAAAUUAGAAAAAAAUAAAACUGGUAGUGGAAAUCAAGAGAAAGAUGGUUGGACUGACAGAGAAUUUGUAUCAGAAAAUGAAAUAGAUUAUAUAUUGGAUGAAUUGAAACAUAAUGACAGUCCAUUUCCAGAUCUUGAAAAAAACUGGAAAGCAAGUGUAAACUAUCGAUUAAAUUACAUAAAAUAUUCAGAGUCAACAGCAAGUAUAUUGAAGACUUGGAAACAAUAUUCAAUUCCUUAUGGCCAUAAGCUGAUUGAUAUUGAUUACCAUGCAUUAUUUCCUAAUGGCGACUCUAUAUACCAAAACUUUGAAGAAAAGUCUCCAAAAAUAUUUGAUUUAUUGAUGGAAAAAGUAAAGGAUAUAAACUGUCGCAAAAUAUUAGACAAAAUACAAAGUAGUGAUAACAAUAUAAGUGAAAAUUCAAAAAACGCAGCUCUAAUAUAUUUAUUACAUGCUGUAUUUGCACCGACUUCAAAAAAAAUCACCAAAGAUGAAAAUGGAAAGAAAAAUCUUAUUAAGUAUUCAAUCAAAGACUCUCAGGAUAGUCUUAUAGUUUUUGGUGAAUCAGUAGAGGCCAUGCAGCAUCAUUUUCAAAGUCUUAGAACCCAAGGCAACCCAAUUCAGCCUUUUAUUUUUAUUGUUGGUUCUUUGUUUGCACAAAGAGAAAUUUUAGUUUAUUUUGAUACAAUUAUAUACAAGGUGCAUUCAAUCAUACGGUCUGUAGAAGUAUGCUACAAAAUUUUUCAUGUAUUUAACUUAGAAUAUCCAACACAGUCCUACAUUGUGUGGCUAUUUAUUCAAAAUAUAUUUUUUGGUCUGAAAUCAAAAUUCGAUAAACCACACCCUAAACUGGCACAAGUCUUAUCAGAACUUAAAUAAUUAUAAUUUUUUUUUUUCAUACAUUUUAUUCUACUUUAUUAUUUUAUGCUAC